GCCCAUGGCCGGAGGCUGGGAGGGAGGGCAGGCGAGUGUGAUGCCAGACGCCUGACUGGAGGCGGAUCCAGCCGGCCAGCUGCCUCUCUGGAGCCCAGCUCUUGGGCCCCUGCACUCACCUGCUCUUCCCGGGGUGGCUGCCUCCUGCUCAUUCAGCCAUGCGGUGGCUGUGGCCCCUGGCUGUCUCUCUUGCUGUGAUUUUGGCUGUGGGGCUAAGCAGGGUCUCUGGGGGUGCCCCCCUGCACCUGGGAAGGCACAGAGCCGAGACCCAGGAGCAGCAGAACCGAUCCAAGAGGGGCACCGAGGAUGAGGAGGCCAAGGGAGUGCAGCAGUAUGUGCCUGAGGAGUGGGCGGAGUACCCCCGGCCCAUUCACCCUGCUGGACGGCAGCCCACCAAGCCCUUGGUGGCCACCAGCCCUAACCCCGACAAGGAUGGGGGCACCCCAGGCAGCGGGCAGGAGCUGAGGGGUAAUCUGACGGGGGCACCGGGGCAGAGGCUGCAGAUCCAGAACCCCCUGUAUCCGGUGACCGAGAGCUCCUACAGUGCCUAUGCCAUCAUGCUCCUGGCGCUGGUGGUGUUUGCGGUGGGCAUCGUGGGCAACCUGUCGGUCAUGUGCAUCGUGUGGCACAGCUACUACCUGAAGAGCGCCUGGAACUCUAUCCUUGCCAGCCUGGCCCUCUGGGAUUUUCUGGUCCUCUUUUUCUGCCUCCCUAUUGUCAUCUUCAAUGAGAUCACCAAGCAGAGGCUACUGGGUGACGUUUCUUGUCGGGCCGUGCCCUUCAUGGAGGUCUCCUCUCUGGGAGUCACGACUUUCAGCCUCUGUGCCCUGGGCAUUGACCGCUUCCACGUGGCCACCAGCACCCUGCCCAAGGUGAGGCCCAUCGAGCGGUGCCGAUCUAUCCUGGCCAAGCUGGCUGUCAUCUGGGUGGGCUCCAUGACGCUGGCCGUGCCCGAGCUCCUGCUGUGGCAGCUGGCACAGGAGCCUGCCCCCACCAUGGGCACCCUGGACUCGUGCAUCAUGAAACCCUCAGCCAGCCUGCCCGAGUCCCUGUACUCACUGGUGAUGACCUACCAGAACGCCCGCAUGUGGUGGUACUUUGGCUGCUACUUCUGUCUGCCCAUCCUCUUCACGGUCACCUGCCAGCUGGUGACGUGGCGGGUGCGAGGCCCUCCGGGGAGGAAGUCGGAGUGCAGGGCCAGCAAGCACGAGCAGUGUGAGAGCCAGCUCAACAGCACCGUGGUGGGCCUGACCGUGGUCUACGCCUUCUGCACCCUCCCAGAGAACGUCUGCAACAUUGUGGUGGCCUACCUCUCCACCGAGCUGACCCGCCAGACCCUGGACCUCCUGGGCCUCAUCAACCAGUUCUCUGCCUUCUUCAAGGGCGCCAUCACCCCGGUGCUGCUCCUAUGCAUCUGCAGGCCGCUGGGCCGGGCCUUCCUGGACUGCUGCUGCUGCUGCUGCUGUGAGGAGUGUGGCGGGGCUUCGGAGGCCUCGGCCGCCAGUGGCUCGGACAACAAGCUCAAGACCGAGGUGUCCUCUUCCAUCUACUUCCACAAGCCCAGGGAGUCACCCCCGCUCCUGCCCCUGGGCACACCUUGCUGAGGCUCCAGCAGGGGUGGGGAGGGAGGGAGGGGCCGCCACCCCCGCCGGUGUCUGCUGUUCUUUCCCCAUAGGUCUUGCUUUGCUGCCUGUCUUGCUGUCUAGAGAUGGACUUGGUUCCUCUUGUCAAGGUUUGGGAAUGUCAAAGCCCCCUCCCCACGCAGGGCCUUUCCUGUCCCUUGUGGGGCCUUCCAACCCUGUCCUUUCCACUGGUGGGUGGUGAUGCUUCUAGGUCCUUAGAACUGCCCAGAAACUCUGCGUCCCAGCAGCUGGGAGCCAGAACUUUGCCUGCCCUCCCUUGGUUGCAGUCUCUCUUCUUGCUCUCUGCCUUGUAACCUGACCAUACUUUAGUUGUGCCCUUCCCAGGCAUCACCUUCCAACCCCCAACCUGGGGCUCCAUCUUGGAAUGGGGGCUCCUUGCGGGCUCCAGCUCAAUGUGGCUCACCACACUCUUCUUUUUGUUUUCUUUUCUUUUUUUUUUUUUGAGACAGAAUCUUGCUCUGUUGCCCAGGCUGGAGUACAGUGGCCUGAUGUCAGCUCUCUGCAACCUCUGCCUCCUGGGUUCAAGCGAUUCUCCUGCCUCAGCCUCCUGAGUAGCUGGGAUUACAGGUGUGCACCACCACACCCGGCUGAUAUUUGUAUCUGUAGAAGAGAUGGGGUUUCAUCAUGUUGGCCAGGCUGGCGUUGAACUCCUGACCUCAAGUGAUCUGCUUACCUUGGCCUCCCAAAGUGCUGGGAUUAUAGGUGUGAGCUGCCGCGCCCGGCCUCAAUACACUCUUCUCUGGACCGGAUCUGUCCCAGCCCUGGAUGCCUCCUCCUACUGGUGCCUUCUUUUCUUCCAGAGGAUUUCUCUCUCCUUCCUCCUCCUUUCUUUGGGAUCCCCUGGUUGCCCUAUCCCAAUCUCCCUGUUAGGUGCUUUCCCAUAGGAGGCCCUUCCUGAGAAACAAUAAACUAGGUAGAACUAUCCCUA